AUGAAUCGAAGCCCGUAUCCUAUUCGUAGCAGAACAAAAAUGAUGCGAACACGAAGUAUUCUACAGAUUCGUCCCACUCGAUGUCCCACUCGAAAGUUGCCAAACUUCGUUAGCAAUAUGGGACACGAGACAGGGGAUUCCAGUGCUAAUCUAUCACCAGCCAUGGAGAAUUCGGCUGCUCCUGAAGGCGAUUGCAAUGCUAAUCUGCCAAUAGCCUCAUGGAACUCUCCUGCUUCUGAGGGCGAUUAUGAUCACCAGUCAACAAUCGAUGAGGAAUCUGAUGAUUUUGAGAGCGAUUGCGAUGUCACCCAGUCCACAACAGCCAGUGAGGAAUCUGAUGAUUCUGAAAACGAUUGCGAUACCACCCAGUCAACCACCUGUGAGGAAUCUAAUGGUUCUGAAAACGAUUGCGAUGUCACCCAAUCCACAAUAACCAGUGAGGAGUCUAAUGAUUCUGAAAACGAUUGCGAUGCCACCCAACAGUCCACAACCUGCGAUGAAUCCAAUGAUUCUGAAAACGAUAGCGAUGCCACGCUCCCAAUAACUAAUGAGGAAUCUAAUGAUUCUGAGGCUUCAUCUUCAUCGCUUUUGACGCUUCUUCUUCUUCUCGUCUUGCAGAGUCAGUCGCGUCAGAAUUAUUCGUCUCUUGAUAAUUCUUGUGCAUCUGACAAGAAGAAGUCUGGAGUCACUUUCCGCAAGAGAACUGAGCCAUGUGUACACGCUGAAAUGUAUCCUGGUACCACUAAAAGGAAGAGAAAACUUUUCUGUGUCGAUGAUCUUCUUCCAAUGAAGCUUAGUGCCAUCAAAAAAGAGGAAUUUAACGAUUUUGAAGAGAAGGAACCUAAUGGCAUUAAAGAAGAAGAAUUCGAUUCCAAUGAGGAAAAGAAACUGAAUAAUUUUGAUGAUGAGGAAUUCGAUAUCGUUAAGGUUUUCUGGAGUCAGCCUUUUUGA